AUGCCUCUACCAUGGAGUGCUAUGCUUGGAGCAAAAGAUUUACCAAAAACAGAAACCAUACAUAUAGAGCAGGUUGUUUGGAAAACUGAAGCAGGAGAGACUAGAGCGCGCAAGGCUCCUGGAGCAGAAGCACUUGUCAGAGUUGUCUCUUCUGUGGACGAGAAGUUAGAAGUCAAGCAACGAUUUCUUGAGAUCUUUCAAGAGGAAAAUUACCCUGUGGAGUUUGGGUAUAAACCUAAGGUAGUUCUGUUGUUUCGGAAAAUUGAAGGUGUAGAAGUGUGUCUAUUUGGUAUGUAUGUUCAAGAAUUUGGAGCAGAGUGUCCUCAGCCAAACCAUCAGCAUGCUUAUCUUUCUUAUCUGGAUUCAGUUAAGUACUUCAGGCUUGAUAUUAAGGCUGUGACAGGGGAGGCUCAUCAUCCACAAUAUUCCAACGAUACGAAGUCAUUCAUCUGUUUCUACACUGCUAUAAGCAUUUACGCUGAGGAUCCUUUCAAAAGAAGUUCUUUAUACUUCCAACUAAUUUCUAAUGAUUCAUUAUUUUCGUAA